UGUAUCGCAAGCCUUGGGAGACAGAGGUCCGAAGUCCCUAAUAAGGGAUGAACGGGAUCGAGAGACAAAGGACCUGGCAGCCUGGUGUCUUCGACGGUCGUUUUCGGGGAGCCCUUCUCGUGCCGGCUUUUGUCGGUCGGUCGGACUCUUUUUUUUUGGUGGUGUGUUUGGUGGGCUGUGCCACUGUGGCGACGCCACAUCUGCGAUGGAUGAUGAAUGAGCGCAGCUCCGGCCGUGGAAUCUAGAGGUUUACGCCAGCGGUUUCUUGGUUUCUUUCUUUCUUUCUUCGCGUCGUCGCAUCCACAUCGUGGCCGAGUCGAAGAAACAUCGUGCGUUGAGGGGCGACAUGGCGACAUUGCGACAUGGCGAUAAGUGAUGCGAAGAAGACUGGGAAGUUUGCUCACAGGUCAAAGCCCCCGAGCCUCGAGCCUCAAGGGUGCCCGUUCUUAACUUCUUAUCAGGCAGGACCCGCCCGGGUUCUCCUUUUCCUUCACCCCCUGGUUGCGCGGCCUUGCACUGAAACCCCAGGGGCCCGCCAAUGCGCUGCCGUGAUUGGCCCAAACACCGUCGAAAGCGCGCUAAGAACGCUCUCUGGCUCCAAAGUUUACGCUAGUGCGGCCUUCGUUGCUGCCUGCGCGCCUCGCGAGGCAGCAAAUUCCUUAUAUAUAUACAGCCGCCCGCCCCUUCCAAUUUCGAACCCUUUUUGCGACAUCCGGGUUAGUCAUCAUAACCAACAAAACCCACAACUUCUUCCAUUUCCCUCCUCCACUCCGUCUUCACCGUCUCCGCCGCAACAGCGCACAGAUCAUAGUGCCCUGUUCAAUACAUUCAUUGAUCCAGGUGAACUGCGCGACCAAGAUUCGGUCGGCUUGGAGUGUCUUUGUGCCUUUGCGAUCGCGAUCCGGUUCGCCUUCAGCUUCGUCGCAAAAGAGUCAUCGGAGGUCCCACAAUAGCGUUUCUAUUACAAUACAUAAUACUGUCCCCGUCGUUGUCGGUCGCGAUCAAUAGAUCGGAUCCGCGUCGCUUUUCUUCUCUCGUCGAGCAGCGGCUACUGUAGGGGAGACAUUGAGUUGUUCUUCUCCCGCAAACGGUACGACCUCAUCCUCUCUCGACCCAGCGAAC